UCCGCCACUCAAACCUGCCGGAGCCAAUCAGAAGCUUUUGUCCUUCUUCACUCGCAUCACACCCGCACGCCGGUAGUCCCGUAGGUUAGCAGCUUAGCCUAGCGCUUUACUAUCCAAGAUGGCUACGGCUGUGUUCCCCAUGUGUGUCCGAGCGAGCCGGGGGCUCUUGCGGCUCAGGAGCGGGACGGCGGUAGAUCUCAUCCGGACACUUUCCACAGAGAAUCCGCCGGCGGGGUCGGGCGGUGCUACGGGCGGGCUAGCUCAGGCUAUCCUCCAGGAGAGACUCCAGCAGCAGAGCCAGGGUCAGCCUCCUCCUGCGGGACCCGAAGCCGAGAAAGAGGGCGAACAGACAGACGACAAGAAACAGAAGGAAAACACUGCCUACGCUAAGAAGAUGGUGCUGAGGCUGGCCGGCCUCAUGGGACUCGGCGGAGCUGUUAGCGUCAUCUACAUAUUUGGUAGUAAUUCAGUGGAUGAACAAGGAAACGUGAUUCCAGACGAGUUUGACAGAGAGCCUCCUGUUCUCCAACAUUUUAAAAGAACCUUCAAGUACUUUAAGGACUAUAGACAGAUGAUAAUCGAGCCGACGAGCCCGAAGCUGCUGCCCGACCCCCUGAAGGAGCCGUACUACCAGCCCCCCUACACCCUGGUCCUGGAGCUCACCGACGUCCUGCUGCACCCGGAGUGGUCGUUGUCGACAGGUUGGCGUUUUAAGAAGCGUCCGGGCAUCGACUACCUGUUCCAGCAGCUGGCGCCGCUGUACGAGAUCGUCAUCUUCACCACGGAGACCGGCAUGACGGCGUAUCCUCUGAUCGACAGCAUCGACCCUCAGGGCUUCGUCAUGUAUCGUCUCUUCAGGGACGCGACUCAUUACAUGGAAGGACAUCACGUCAAGGACGUGUCCUGUCUGAACCGGGACACCAGCAAGGUGAUCGUGGUGGACUGUAAGCGGGAGGCGUUCAGCUUGCAGCCCUUUAACGGGAUGGCUCUGAAGAAGUGGGACGGGAACUCAGAGGACAGGACGCUCUACGACCUCGCCAACUUCCUCAAGACCAUCGCUCUGAGCGGCGUGGAGGACGUCCGCUCCGUCCUGGAGAACUACGCCCUGGAGGACGACCCCAUAGAGGCCUUCAAACGCAGACAGGCUCAGCUGGCUCAGGAGGAGGAGCAGCGUCUGUCUGAGGUUUCCCAGCAGAAGAAGCAGGGCCUCUCUCUGGGCUCCAUCGCCUCCCGCUUCUGGAGAUCCAAACAGCAGUGACCCCCCCCCAUCCACAUCACCACCUCCACCUCCACCUGAACCCCCCCACACCCCCACCCACCCCCUCCCUCUUAAAUUAAAACAACAGACGUUCCUCCUCCACCAGAGUCCAGAGCCGGGACGUCUGGUUCCACCGAGGAGAGAAGAGGAGGAGGAACCACUUCCUGGUUGGUGGAGGAGGAGGCGGGGACUCGUUUUUUCUAAGCUGCUGAUUGGUUUAAAAACAUACAAGAAAAAAAAAAACAAUAAAGGAGAACUCAUGUGAGGCUGAACGGGGCCGAUGUUUGUGGCCCUGACGCCUUCUGAAUGUGUAUCUGUCGUUGGGUUUUGUUUUUUUUUUUUUUUUGGGACGGUGCUGGCGGCGACUCACGUAAAAGAAGAAGAAGAAGAACUCUGCGUAGAAUUUGUAGGAGUUUGUUAGAUGUGUUAAACAAGGACGCGUCUUCAGCCUGAGGUCGUAACCAAGACGACGGAGAGAAACACAAAAGAAGAAGUUUCCUCUUUGUGCGUUUGUUGGGAACUAUUUUAAUCGGCGGAUUCAUCCAGUGAUCCGGCCCCGGUGCAUUGUGGGAAGGAUCAGAAGACUGAACGUCGUCCUUCAAUAAACAAAAACGAACCAAACUACGUCGUGUGUGUUUGUGUGUGUGUGUGUGUGUGUGUGUGUGUGGAGUUCAUUGUAUUUGCUGUUUUUUUUUUAUUAUUUUAUUUUCUCGUGUUUCUGUUUUGUAGGUUUUUAAUUUCCAGUCAUAAAUCUUUCUCAAGCUGU